UUUGCAACAUGUCCCAUUUCCUUUCAUGUAUUUUUUGCAUGUAUGUUGUAUUUUUACAUCUUCUGGUAGUGUUCUGCCUGAUUUGUAUAUUCUUACUAAAGAGGCACCAUAUUUGAUAGUGCCAUAGAGAAUAGGUGCAAAUAUUGGUAAAGAGGUAUAACAUAUUUAAUAGUGCCAUAAACAAUAAGCAAUAGACAAUAGGCAACAGACACAAAUAUUGGAUAUUACUGUAAAAAAGUACUAUAGAAGAAAAAGAACGUCCAGCAUCCGUUUAUUGGCUUCUCGUUAUGAGAGGAAUGUAAGGGACCUUUUUGUGACCGAGCUUUUUAAUUGCAUUAAUAAAGAGGUAUAACACAUUUAAUAGUAUCAUAAACAAUAAGCAAUAGGCAACAGGCACAAAUAUUAGAUAUUACUGUAAAAAGGUAUUACAGAAGAAAAAGAACAUCCAGCGUCUGUUUAUUGGCUUCUCGUUAUGAGAGAAAUGUAAGGGACCUUUUUGUGACCGAGCUUUUUAAUUGCAUUAAUAAAGAGGUAUAACACAUUUAAUAGUGCCAUAAACAAUAAGCAAUAGGCAACAGGCACAAAUAUUAGAUAUUACUGUAAAAAGGUACCACAGAAGAAAAAAAACGUCCAGCGUCCGUUUAUUGGCUUCUCGUUAUGAGAGAAAUGUAAGGGACCUUUUUGCGACCGAGCUUUUUACAUUACCCGCGUCCCCUCUCUUCUUACCGCGGAGACACGGAGACGUGUCAUUAAUUCGUCUCGCACACGGCGUUAUACGCACACAAGAGGGCAGCGUGCACGCCCACGAGCGCGUCGCGAGCGAUCGUGAACGAGAGUGCUCUUUUGCGCGCGAGUCGUUCGCGAGUCGUUCCCCGAACGUUCGCGACGACGCAUCGGCCGCCAGAAACCGGAUCAGAUGGAGCCUCUCUGGGAAUCGCACGGCCGUCAAGUAAACGAGGCUGGUUUGCGAAGAGGAUCAGAUACUAGCGUCGUACUGACCGAGGACACAGACAGCUUUAAGAUAGGAGACCGGGUAUGGGUCGGCGGCACGAAACCCGGCACGAUCGCCUACAUCGGCGAAACCAAGUUCGCACCUGGCGACUGGGCAGGAGUCGUCCUGGACGAGCCCAUCGGGAAGAACGAUGGCUCGGUGGCUGGUAGUCGGUACUUCCAGUGUGAGCCGAAAAGAGGGAUCUUCUCGAGGCUCACCAGACUCACGAGGACGCCGCUGAGCGACCAGCUCAUCUCGCCGAGGACGCCGACCACGCCGCCCGACAGCACCCGUAGCCUCCUCAGCAAGUCCAUGUCGCCGUCUCUGAACGCAUCCACGACUAGCCUGUCAUCGACGGUGUCGCAGAGGACUGACCUGAAGAUAGGCGACCGGGUGAUAGUCUCGUCAAGCCAGGGCAGCAAAACCGGCGUGCUCAGGUACCUGGGCACCACGGAAUUCGCCCCGGGCGAAUGGUGCGGCGUGGAGUUGGACGAGCCGGUCGGCAAGAACGACGGCUCCGUCAACGACAAAAGAUACUUCGAGUGCUCGCCCAAGUACGGCCUGUUCGCGCCCGUGCACAAGGUCAGCAGGUCGCCGUCCAACAAGCGGCAGUCCAUGUGCGUGGUGCACAAGCCGACCGGCGCCGCCCUCAACGCCAAUCUGAAGAGGAGCGGCUCGCGCGAGUCGCUCGCCUCCCUCACGUCGAGCGUCGCCAGCAACAUCGCCGUGAGGACGACCGCCAGCAGCACCGCGAGCGGUACCACCUCGAGGAAGCCUGGCAUGCGCACGCCGAUACCUGCACGAGGUUCACUGCAGGAGGUUUUGAAGGAGAAGCAACAGGAGAUAGAUUUCCUGCGGAAGGAGCGAGACCUGGAGCGCGAAAGGGUCACGAAAGCGGCGAAUCAGGCUGAUCAAGCAGAACAAUCGGCAUUGUCGAUCAAGCAGGAAUAUGAAAAGUAUCGCGAGGAGAUGCAGCAAACGAUCAACGAAGCGGAGACCACCGUCACCAAGCUCCUCGGCGAAAAGAACGCGUUGGUGGUGCAGCUGGAGGAGGAGAAGCGGAAAUGCGAGGACCUUCUGUUUCGUUUCGAAGAGGAGUCCGUGAAUAAGGACGACAUACAGAAAGAGCGAUCUGAGCAAUGUGUCAUAAAUACUGUAAAUGAAAGCAGGAUCAGGGAACUCGAGAAAGAACUCUCGGAGGAACGGGAACGCGACAAUAUCAAGCUCUUCGAAGCCGAAGAGGAGUUGGCUCGGCUUCGUAACGAGAUCAGCAGCGUGACAAGCUCGCAGAACUCUCAGCUACAAGAUCUGCAGAGCCGCAAUCAAAGCCUGGAAGAAAUAAAAGGCAGUCUCGAGUUGGAACUGCAAGAGAAAUCGAGCCUUAUGGACGAGUGCGUGGGGCGCAUCAAGGAAUUGGAAGUCGUACUGAAUGAAGCGCAACGAGAAACGACGACGCACAAAGAGUCUGGGGUUCGUCUAGGGAAAGAAUUGGAAGCCGCCAGGCAAAGCUUGCAAGAUAAGGAGACACUGUUGGGAAAUAUGAAACUUGAGUUCGAGAGGAACACAAGCUCGUUGAGCGAGGAGCUGCGAAAAUCGAAGGAGACGAUCGAGAGGAUUGAACGAGAGAGCGUGAGUGAGAAGGACUCGUUGUUAUCCGAGUACCGACGUACGAUCGAGGAGAAAGAUCGGUUGAUAAAGGUAAAGACCGAGGAGCUGGAGAACGAGUCCAAGAGGCUGUUAGAGCAGCGGAACGCUCUGGAGGGCCUGAAGGCCGAGAACGUUAAGUGUAUGCGUGAACUUUCAGAAUCGUUCAAUCAACAGCUGCACGCGAAGGACUCGAAAAUCGAGGAGGUCUCGUCGCAACUUAACCAGAAAGCGUCCGAGACCGAGAGACUGUUGAGCGAAUUGUCCGCGCAACGGGAGCUCUGUGAAAAGAAGGACGAAGAAUUACUCAACGCUCUGCGAAAGUUGGAAGAAUUAAGCGCGAAGCUGAAACUAGCUGAGGAAAGUAACAACGCUCUUUUGAAACAGAUCCAAGACUACAAGUCCAAGAGCGACGACAAUGUUAGAAUUAUUCAGGAAAAACAGAAGCUGGAGCAAGAUCUGGCCAGCCUGGUUGCCUCGGAAGAGAUGUCCACUGCACAGCUAAACAAAUUGAGCGAGGAGCUGAAAGUUAAGGACAAAGAGCUCGUGGAACUGCGUAACGCUACUAAGGUGCAAAUACAAGAGAUAACUAAACGCUUCGAAUCCCAGAUUAACGACAAAGUCAAGUACAUCGACGAGAUAAAUGCGGACGUUGCACAGAAGGCUCUGAUGCUCGCCAAGCUGGAGAAAGAUAUCGCCGAUCUGAAAGCGAUUAUCGCGAGCAAGGACGAAGAGAUAAAGCAUCUGCUCGAGAAGACGUCAGAGUUACAAGACGUUCUCACGUUGUCCGAGCAAACGAAAACGAAUUUGGAGAGCGAGCUUCGCGUGUUCGAAUCCAAUGCGCAAAGUCUGAAUCAGCAGGUCGCGAGGGCGGAAGAGAAAAUUUCGCAACUCUUGUCGCAGAAGGAAAAACUAGAGUCUGACAUAGCCACUGCAAUCAACAGUUCUGCCGACUCGUCGGAGCAGCUCUCCAAAUAUAACGAGGAUCUGCGGCAGAGGGAGAAGGAGCUGGACGAAGCUCGCGAGAAGAUCUUUCAAACGGAGAAUACGUUGAAACUGACGCAAGGAAAACUAUCGAACGCCGAGAUAGAAGUAAAUAAGGGCGCAGCGUUGGUGGAACAAUUGCGCUCUGAAAAAUUGAGUUUGGAGUUACAGAUAAGUGAUGCGAAGAAAGCGAACGCCGACUAUGCCGAGAAGAUUCGCGAGCUCGAGCGAAGGGAGAGUGAAUUGUCGACAAAGGUUGGCGAAGGCGAAUGCGUCAAGGAAAGUUUGGCGGAAAGGUCUCGCGAGGUCGCCAGCCUUUCGGAAAGGUUGACGCGCAGCGAAGAAGAAGUCACUGCUCUUCAUGGUCAAUGCAAAACCUUACAAAGAUUUCACGAGGGAGAGGCAUCCUCGCUGCAAACAGAAGUCGCCCGCUUGUCGAUCGAAUUAUCGACGUGUCAGGAUGAAAUAAAGAAUCUGCAGAAGCUGAAGAACAAGCUGGAGGCUGAUCAAAGCGCCAGUCGAUGGACGAUCGAGGAACUGACGGAAAAAUUAAACGUCGAGACUGAGAAUAUGAUCAAAUUAGAGGAUUUAAUUCGAAACAAGGACUCCAUGCUCCAGGAUGCGGAAAAUAAACUGUUAGAAUUGCAGGGGGUGAACGAAGCUUUAGCUACCGAUAAGGAAGCAUCCAAUAAGAAUUUAACCGCGUCAUUAAACAGCGUGUCUAGAACGGUAGAGGAGUUUAAAAGUAAGUUAAAGAACGCCGAAGAGACGAUUGAAGACAAGUCGAACGAGGCGUCGAGGGCGGGAGCGGAAGUAGAAAAAUGUCACGCACAAAUAGCCGAAUUGAACGCUACACUUUCCUCCGUACGAGAGGAGCAAACGCGCAGCAAUAACGAACUGAAGAAUGCACAAGAAGCGAUUACGCAGCAACGAAGCAUGGUAGAAGAAUUGACUAAAGCUAAGGCAACUUUAGAAAAUUCUACGAAGUCUUUGGAGACGCAGCUGUCGAGUGUACAGGAGGAACUGCUGAAGAAGGACAAACUGCUGAUGGAAACGGAAGUUAAAACGAGGGAAUCUGACACUUCCAAAGCGGAAGAGAUGUUGAAGCUACAGAACACAUUGGAAUCCGAGACAGCGGCGCGACGAAAGGAGAUUGAAGAAAUAGGCAAACGGAACAAGGAACUUGAAGAGAAGCUACGACGAUCGCAAGAUAUUCUCGACAAGCAGACAGUCGACCGAAGUGAGAAGGAUACCACUAUCGGCGAACUGCGAGCGCAGGUGAAGACUCUAGAAGACGCACAGGUAGAGAGGGCGAAGGCAGAGCAGCAGUCGCGCAACGAAGAGAUCAAGCAGAAACAGAACGAGUUGAGCGGCGCGAACAAGCGUAUCAACGAGCUACAAAGUACAGUGUACGCCUUGGAGAAAAGACUGAGGGAGCAAGAGACUAAGUCAGCGGACCUGGCGAAAACCAUGGAGUGUAACGAGCAGGAGGUAGGCAAGAACGUGCAAAACCUCAUAGAAAAGCUGAACGUAGCCAAAGUGGAGGAGACGCGACUCUUAGACGAGUUAAGUCGGCUGGAAAAGGAAAAUAAGCAAGUGACUGCAAAGUGGGUAGAUGCGACAAAUCAGUUGAAACUGACGCAUGAAAAUAUGAAAAAUACUUUUGACGCAACAGGAGACAUAAAACAAUGUAUCGUUACGAAAGACGUUGACGUUGCGAAACUACAGGAGGACAACGACACCGCUAAAAGUCAAAUAGACUUUCUGAACUCCGUGAUAGUAGAUAUGCAACGUAAGAAUGAGACUCUACUAUGUAAAAUCGAGGUCCUCGAGAUGGGAGUCCCCGCGAACGAAGCCGACGACUACAGCCGAAGCACUUUGGACAAACGAAUGGCGGUUCCUCGUAUGUUCUGUGAUAUUUGCGAUCAGUUCGAUCUGCACGAAACAGAGGACUGUCCUCGACAAGCACAGGAUUUCUCGGAGAGCACCGAGAAAGUGCCGAAAUCAUCGAAAAAGCAAUCGGUGGAAAGACCGUACUGCGAAAACUGCGAAAUGUUUGGACACGACACGCGCGACUGCGACGACACCGAAACAUUUUAACGUUACGUUACUCUCUGUAGACCCGUUCCAUUGCUUGCCAAGUAUCCCGUAGCGGUAAAGAGAUCUGUUAGACUUUACAGAGUAUAUUUUUGUAUGGCGAACUUUUCUCAAUUGGAUCCGAAUAAGUCUUCCCGCAUAGGACGGCUACAUCAGUAACUUUCCGACACAUUAUAAAAAUUUAUGUUCCCUUCAAACGACGCAAUUUCCACAUUGGAAUGUUUUUUUUUUUAUUAAAAUUUGGGAAAUCUAAUUAUUAUCGUAUUAUUCGUUCUCAAUCGAGUUAGAUCUCACUUCUUGACAGAACUUAAUAAUAAUGAUAAUUAUUUCCUGUUUAAAAAUUCAUUUGAAGGGAACAUAAUUUGUUUUCCAGCUUUAAUACCCGUUUUGUAACAUCGAGACAAAUUAUGUGUAACUUUGUAUAUACUAGGUACUCGAAUUAACAUGUUAACUCUAUUUAAUAUUUAUUUUCCGCGUUUUGUGCGGCUUUAAAGGGAUAGUUCCUGUAGUGCCGACUGGCGAAAAGCGCAAUUUACGACGCAAGAUCCCGUGAUUGAUUGAUUGAUUGGCGCUUCUAACUCGAACUCGAAUAUAUUCGGCUUUCCAUUUUACAGUCUUCGUCUAAUAGGCAAAGAAAAGAACUAGCAAUGCAUGCGUCUCAAACGUUUAGCGCUUAAUGUCGACUUUUACGAAUACAGUGACCUGCUAUUGUCUUGCCUUUUCGCUACGAAACGUAGGAUCGAGGUCGAUAUAUUUUCUAAAUCAAUUGUAUUGUUGUAAUAUGUGAUGCCUAGGAAUCACAAAUAAUGCUUUAUAGAUAAGAAUAAACGAAGUCUUCAGCAGCAGCUACAAAGAAAAAUGGAAUCUUUCAACGAUUCUACUUGAAGCAGCAAACUCUCCGACAAAUGGCGUUAUUGCCAAAAGGGAAACGUUCUGCGAGAAAAAAUAAAGAUUAUAUUAAAAUUAUAUAUUGAUAUAUAUAUACUUUAUUUAUCACACGUAUGUUAUAUAACACAUUUCUGCAAAUCACAAACAAAUUAAUAGCUUUUUAAAGUCUCGUAAAUCUAUAAUAAAAAAUAAGUGACUCAUGUUCGCUCAGAUCGCUUUUGGUAUAAUCAAAGAAUUAAUUUUUAAAGUUGGACCACUAAAAAAGACGUAUUAAAAUGGUACACCUAAGAUUAGAAGUAAAUUUUAUUUAUAAAAUGUAUUGUAUGAUAUACGUGUGUAAUCGCCGAGUACUUAUCCGCUUGUUAACAUAAUUAAGAACAAAAACUUAAAUCAAAACAGGUGUUGAAAUAAAGAUGUGUUGAUCAGCUU